AUGUCUAAAGCGGCAACAUCGCCUUAUAUGGACAGUGGUAAAGUUUCUAUCGACCCGUGUAUGAAGAUCAACUGUACUGGAUAUAAUGUGACGUCAUUCCACGUUGAUAUAGUUUGGUUUACAUCAAGUGUGCAUGAACCAUUUUCAGUUUUGACUGCAGCAUCGUCCAUGUACAAUACUUCCGAUAUGUUAAUAGUGAACGACGACAUCGAUUUUCUAUUACAACAAGCUCAACGUCUGCGUAUCCCUGAAUCCCCUAUAAUACGUUUCCCGCGUCAGAGAAAUCCCAAUAAAUGGCGGGAAGAAAAGGGUCUGGCUCCGAUUUUAGAAGAAGAAACGAGAAAACGGAAAACGAAAUUAACAGCGAGUGAUUUUGAAUUCUGUGACAGUGAAGAAGCCAUGACGAGGGGAGAGAAAGAUAUUUUAUAUAGUAUUAUUACUAAUCUAGACUGGACACGAUUAGUUAUAAUUUGUGAUGUAUAUACUGGGUUGAGUUUCGCUUCAGAUGAGAAUCCACCUGAACAAGCUACGAAACACGAGACUAUGAUGUUAGCAGAGGAGCUAUCGACUACUGGUAUAAAAUUUACAAUCCUCACCAUAAACAAUACAGAAUCACAUUACCUCCCUUACCCUGGCCUCAGCGCUACCUAUAAUCUCUUCAAUAGGGAAGAAUUAAACGUGGUCUUGAUGUGCUCUUUAGGUUGUGUAAGGCUUAUUCUUCACGAGGCCAAUAAUUUUGAUCUAACCAAUGAUAAUAAAACUUCUAUUCGUCACGAUUCAAAAUGGUUAAUCUCGAAUUAUGGAUACGACCAAGAUUUUCUGGAGAAUUCAGGAAUUACCAUUGAUAAUAUAGCCGCCCUUACUGGUCCUAGUUAUCAUGAAUGUUAUACCACUUCAAUUAAACAGGUGUUACCGUAUGUAAUAGAGGCUGCAUUGGAGAAGAUUGACGAUGAACCGGAACUAGAAUACUCUGGUCACGUGACUGUUGAUGGUUAUCUCAAAUCAGAGAUAAUAUCAAUAUUAAAGAACCCGUCCAUCAAAACGAAGCCAUGUAUCGGUACGUUACUAUGGAAACCAGGAUUUACACGUGCAGUGAGCAAUAUAGUUCAGGGAACUGAAAUAGAUUACUCCGCCAUCUUUCCUAAUACUAAAUUUGGUUUCAAUCAACGACUAUUUCAAGUUGCCACUCUCGCGUGGUCACCGUUUAUGAUAAAGAAAGAAGUAAACGGUUCAGCUGAAUACAGUGGUCUGUGUAUGGAUUUACUCUUGGAACUAGCUGUUUCUUUGAAUUUCACAUUUAAAAUGGUGGAACCACCAGAUGGGGAAUGGGGAAGAUUUAGAGACGGUGAAUGGACUGGACUGAUUGGACAAGUUGCUAAACAUGAAUCCGACAUGGUUCUAGCAGCAGUAACAGUUUCCAACGAACGUGAAGCAGUGAUGGACUUUACAUUUCCGUAUUAUUUCGGAUACUCGGUUGUAUUUUUCCGGAAACCGGACCCUAAUAGUGAUAAAUGGUACACCUUGCUGGCCCCGUUCAGUUGGCAGGUUCUAUUAUGUAUAUUCUGUUCUGUGUUAGGUGUCGGUGUAUUAUUGUACUAUAUAGAAUGUAUCAAUCCCUUCUACACCGCCCUGUAUCCUAAACGAAAGAAGACCAGCAUACAGAGAACAUUGUGGUAUUUAUACGGUGCCUUAUUGUCUCACGGUGGCCAUACGAUGCCGGAAUCAGCCAGUGGUCGAAUGUUGCUGUCUACAUGGUGGUUGUUCUGUAUGGUUUGUGCUGCCACCUAUAGUGGCAACCUGAUUGCUUUCCUGACAGUUGGCACCAAGAAGGUACCGUUUAAUACCCUAGACGAGAUGGUCAAUAGUGAUUAUUCCUGGGGAUAUAUACAAGGCAGCUUUUUAGAAACUUUAUUUAAGAAUUCCAACUUAAAGACAUAUCAGAAAGUAUGGGAAGGUGUACAGAAGUUUAGUAAAGAUGACCCAGAUCAUCUCCAUCCCGAUAUGAACGUGCAUUUUGACCGGAUGAUGAACUCUGAGUAUGCUGUGAUAGAUGAUGGUUCGGCCAUCUUCUCCUGGUCGGAGCAACAAUGUGAUAUUAAUAUUCUAAAUGAACGAUUCUUCCCUAAUCAUUAUGCUCUUGGUCUUCCAAAUAAUUCUCCGUUCACUGGUAUAUUUUCCGAUCAAAUGAUCAAGAUAUAUGAGAGUGGUCUUCUUCAAAUAUGGGAACAGAAUUGGUGGCCAAAAGAAAAAUUUUGUGGCGGGUCAUUGACCAAUAAUUCUGAGCCUAUCGAUUUACUGUCGCUACAGAGUGCCUUUUAUGUUUUGGGGAUAGGUGUUUUCUUAGCUCUCAGUAUGCUUGGAAUCGAAUAUUUACGGCAGACAUUUUGCUUAAAAAAGAAAAAGAGUAAUGGUUUAGCACCGUCUGAGAAACUAAGCGAGGGGUUUUAA